CUGUGACGCCCUUCGGAAAGCAAUUGAAGAUAAAACAAUAGGAAAGACUAUCUCUCAGGGUGGCCCUGGAAUCAGCUUCCGAUUCUUCGAUCGGGAGGGUCGGCGCGCCAUGAUCCAUAUUAAAGGACGAGUGUAUGCGGCCUGCAUGGUGGAUCUACCCUGUGUCGUCGAAUCCAUGAAAAGCUGGAACAAGAAAGACUGGGUCAAGACGGCCGAUAUCUGCCAAAUGCUGUACGUCCUCGGCCAAGUUAAAGACGAGGAGGAAGCAAAGAAAUUCUCUCUCCCUCGCGAAGUCGAGCCAUCAUCCCACCAGUACGCCCACGGCCUGACACCCCCGAUGCACUGGGUUCGUAAGCGGCGCUUCCGGCCACGAGUGUCCUAUCGCCGCAUCGAAGAGGUCGAAGCCACGGUAGACGCCCUCCUCGACGACGACGCCAAAGCGUCUGCAGAUGGCGGCAAAUGCGAGUACCAGGUCCUGGAUGCCGACAAGCUGAACUCAGACGAAGACACCUCCAGCGACGAAUCGGAAGAAGAUGAAGAAGUGGUCGAGGCGCAAUACAUGGAAGGCGAGACACCUGCUGCUAUAGACCCGGAAGCCGAAGAAGUCGAUGCCAACGACCUGGAGAAGAUGAUGGCCGCAGAGUUCGAGGAAGACGAUCUCUUUGGCGGCGGUAUCGUGGAUACGCCAGCAACUUCCCACGACGUAGCAUUGCAUGCUCUCGGCGAGACGGCCAUCCCGACAACCGAGAGCCCUGGUUCUAAUCCUGAGACGGAAUCCGCAGACGACGACGACGACGAUGACGACGAUGCAGAAUCAGAUGAAGAAGUCGUCGACGAGGUCGCUCUUGCGGCGCAACGUGACCAGGACCAGACCAGGGAGGAGAUUAAGGAGUUGGAGAAGGAGAUUGCGGCUGCUUGGGAGCAGCAUAACAGGACCGGAAAUAUCCCCUUCCAAAAGAAGAUCAAGCAGAAGAUUGAGCGGUUGACUCAAGAUUUGAAUGUCAAGAAGUCGACGCUUGGAGACGAAGUAGAUUGAGCGCUUCACGCAGUAGGUGAGGGAUAGGAAGUCUCGUAGAAUUCACAGAGGCGUUUUAUUCUGCAUUUUUGAAGCUUAGGCUUGCUCAGGGUGUCCUCCAGGAUAUCAGACACCAGCAUAGGGUAGCGUGUAAAAGAACG